AUCAGAGUAUAGUAUCUCAGUGGCCAAACAGAUCCUCCUGCCUCGAAUAUAUCUACCGCCAAAUUUGUUUGAUUUAAAAAAAAAAAGCAGCUUCUCUCUCUCUCUCUCUCUCUCUCCGUCUGAAGAAACGGGCGUCCAUGGAAGAAGACGACGACGAACUCCCUUCACCGUCCGAUCCCAGCGAUUCAUCUGACGAAGAUAACCGAUAUGAAUCUGAAUCUGAAUCUGAAUCUUAUGAUGAUGAGGAUAAUGGUAAUGGUAAUGGUAAUGAAGAUGAUGAACCAUCGACUGUCCGUCGAGCUCUGCCGAAGGACGAUCGAAAGUCUCAAAAUGUCGAUGCUCUUGUGAGAGGCAACCUUAUUGUGAAAAGACAGUCGCUGCUUCCAAGGGUACUUUCAGUGACGGACAGAGCAGCUGUUGUUAGAAAACCCUUUAAGCCUCCCUGUCAUAAUGGAUACAGUGAUCAAAAUGAACAGCUCAUUCGUCGUCUUUGGGCUCGUAAGCGGUUCAUUCCCUGGGGAUCUACGAGGCCUGCGUUGGUUGCAAUUACCAAUAGGUUGAAUGUUCCUUCUGCUGCUGAGAAAGAAGUGUUGGAGGAGAUUGUGAAUCUUCCACCAGGGGUUGAACCAUUGGUCCUGUGGCAACCAGAAGAAUGUGAAGAAGGAGCUGGUGAUUUGGUGCUGAUAUCAGUGGAUCCUUUGCUUGUCCGUUUCCUUCGGCCCCAUCAGAGAGAGGGGGUUCAAUUCAUGUUUGAAUGCGUUUCAGGGUUAUAUAGUGCUGCCAAUAUAAAUGGAUGCAUUCUGGCUGAUGAUAUGGGUUUGGGAAAGACUUUGCAGUCAAUCACACUAUUGUAUACUCUUCUUCGUCAGGGAUUUGAGGGGAAACCAAUGGUUAAAAAGGCUAUAAUUGUAACUCCUACCAGUCUUGUAAGUAAUUGGGAAGCUGAAAUUAAUAAGUGGGUUGGAGAAAGAGUUCAUCUUGUUGCUUUGUGUGAAAGCACUCGAGAUGAUGUUGUCUCCGGAAUUGACAGUUUCACAAGUCCUCGCAGCCGUUUACAGGUAUUGAUUGUUUCAUAUGAAACAUUUCGGAUGCAUUCAUCAAAAUUCAACCAUGAUGGAUCUUGUGAUCUUCUCAUAUGUGAUGAAGCUCACCGACUGAAAAAUGAUCAGACAUUGACAAAUAGAGCAUUAGCUUCUCUCUCAUGCAAGCGUCGCAUUCUAUUGUCAGGAACUCCAAUGCAGAAUGACCUAGAAGAGUUCUAUGCGAUGGUUAACUUUACUAAUCCAGGAAUAUUGGGUGAUGCUGCAUAUUUUCGACGGUACUUUGAGACACCAAUCAUCUGUGGAAGAGAACCAUCUGCCACUGAAGAAGAGAAGCGGCUAUGUGCUGAGCGCUCAGCAGAACUAAGUGCAAAAGUAAACCAGUUUAUAUUGAGAAGGACCAACGCGUUGUUAUCAAAUCACUUACCACCAAAGAUAAUUGAAGUUGUUUGUUGCAAGUUGACUCCUCUCCAAUCAGAAUUAUAUAAUCAUUUCGUACAUUCAAAAAAUGUUAAACGAGCAAUUACAGAAGAAAUGAAGCAAUCAAAGAUCUUGGCUUACAUUACAGCUCUUAAGAAGCUUUGCAAUCAUCCAAAGCUAAUAUAUGAUACGAUAAAAAGUGGGAGUCCAGGAACAUCAGGAUUUGAGGACUGUUUGCGCUUUUUCCCUCCAGAAAUGUUCUCUGGAAGAUCUGGAUCUUGGACUGGUGGCGAGGGGGUUUGGGUUGAAUUAUCUGGAAAAAUGCAUGUCUUAGCCCGGUUUCUGUCCCAGCUGUGCCAGAGAACAGAUGACCGAAUUGUCUUGGUCUCAAACUACACACAGACACUGGACCUUUUUGCUCAAUUGUGUCGAGAGAGAAGAUAUCCGUUCCUAAGGCUUGAUGGAACUACAUCAAUCAGUAAAAGGCAAAAGUUGGUGAACCGCUUUAAUGAUCCAUCUAAGGAUGAGUUUGUCUUUCUCCUGAGCAGCAAGGCUGGUGGUUGUGGCCUCAAUUUGAUAGGUGGGAAUCGACUGGUCUUAUUUGACCCUGAUUGGAAUCCUGCCAAUGACAAACAAGCUGCUGCAAGAGUCUGGAGAGAUGGACAAAAAAAGCGAGUGUAUAUCUAUAGAUUUUUGAGUACUGGAACCAUUGAAGAAAAGGUGUACCAGCGUCAGAUGUCAAAAGAAGGGCUUCAAAAAGUUAUUUAGCAGGAACAAACAGAUAAAGCUAAGGACCAGGGGAACUUUCUCUCAACAGAAGAUCUACGGGAUCUGUUCACAUUUCGUGAGAAUGUGAGAUCUGAAAUUCAUGAAAAGAUGAGCUGCAUCCGUUGUCAAAACUAUGAUGCAGUGGUAGAUGACAUGCUUGAUGAAGUAAACGAGGUAGAUGGUGCCAGAUCAACAAAUGAAGGUUGUCAAUCUGAUCAAGAGGAUAUAGGAGGAUUUGCUAGCAUUUCUGGGUGCUUGCAUAAGUUACGAAGCUCAGAGAAACAGGUAGGAGCUCCUCUGGAAGAGGAUUUAGGUAGUUGGGGGCAUCAUUUUUUUGCAACAACAGUGCCUGAUGCUAUUUUCCAAGCUUCAGCUGGAGAGGAGGUCUCGUUUGUUUACACAAACCAAAUAGAUGGGAAACUUGUGCCGGUUGAAUCAAUGAAAAGCCCAAAGACCCAAGGAGUAGAAGGAAAUAAGGAAGAGUCCGGUUCAAAGAAAAGCCUGAGACAAAAAUCCAUGUUUUCAUCUCCACAACAGUCACUGCCGUCAGUUUCUUCAGAUGUUGGUUUUGUCCAGAACAUGCUACCUACUUCUCGCACGCCUAUUCAGAGGGUAAAUUUGAAAUCAGCGAGAAGUUCUCUAAAAGGUACAUUGCAUGUAGUAUCAAAGCCUAAACUAUCUAUUGGAAAUCAAUUACCUCAAAAAAGAUUGUCUCCGGAACCUAUAAACGAUGAUGAUUUUCAGUAAAAUUUUGGAUGAUUCAAAUAAUGUUUUGCUGUUACUUCUUUUGUUUCUAACUACCCAGGAGACUUUUCGACAUCCAUGAACAACUAGGAUUCUAGGAUCGAACUUGUGAAUGUAAUAUUAAGACAUUGCCAUUGUCAUUAAAUCAGCCAAAUAAUUUAAGCCCCUUCUAAACAAA